AUGUCCGGCGCAGUAAGAGGUGCCGCAGCGAAUCACUUCCGGGGCGCGCUCGCCCGGUGGCCCAAGGACCCCCUCCGACCCGAGUGCCAACUGCAGGAUGUCCUCGCCAAGCGCCUCGAGAAGGGCAGGUUAGCGCCCGUGACGGCGGGGGCGACGCAGGAGCAGGGCGAUCUAAAACAGGCCAAUGCGCUAUACUCGCUGCUGGAGGACCGGUACAAGAACAAGUACCGACCCGCGGCCAAGAUCUUCGAACCCAAGAGCAACCCGACAUACUACAAGGACCUCGUGAAAGAGCUGGAGGAGGCGCCGACCAGGUCGUGGCUGGACAGGCUAGGCAAGAGGCUGAGCGGCAUUGUUCGGUUGUCAUGA